AGGGAAAGGGUUAGCUAAAAUGCUAUCAUAACCUGCUUCAAAAAGUCACUUCCGUCCGUAGCUGCAUUCUUUCUAGUCACAACCGUAAACUCGGCCUUCGUUGCUUUACGCCGGUGAAACGAGCGUACCUGAGUAACGUGUCAUUAAUUUUUCACAAUCACACGAAUGAGGAGGGGACUAAUUAGGAGGAAACAUGAAAAUGUAACAACAAACGGAAAAAAACAACCCUUUGGACCAUGCUAGCAAAGAUACUGAUACUGUUCUGUGACGCAAGGACAUGCUAUUGCUAGCUAGCUAACAUGAUGAGACCAAAGAGAACCUGUUGGGUCGGUGUAUGUCGUGCUUGUGGGGAAAACAUUUCCCAUAGAAUAUACAUGCACAAUCUCUUCAGUCAAUUCGAAGGUCAAUGUUUGAAACCAUAUGACUACACCACAGCAUUGGAGGACCUCACUGGACCAAUUUCUCAGGACGAUGCCUUACCACAGAUCAUUUGCGAAACGUGUCGCAAACUUCUCAAAAGGUAUUACAAAAGCUUUUGCGAUGUGGAGAAAAUUGGCAGUAUAUUUCGAGAGAGUGCUCAGAGGCAGAGGGAGAGUCGCUCUCUCGCAUGGCGAACUCUGGAGGCCCAGCAAGGUAAGAGUAGUAUCACCCCCUCCCCUCAAGAGAGAAUGACAGACGCGUGUAAGGUUACCCCGCCAGAUUUUACAGUAACGUUAGUAGUUGUGCCAAAGAGCGAGAACACAGACGAAGACGCAACACCAGACCCCAACAGCGAUAGCAUCAAACAUGAGCCUGCAGAAAUCUCAGUAUACUUGGAAGAAGAUAUGGAGCAGGAGCCACAGUCUGGCGAUGAUGAUGAUGAUGAUGCUGCUGCUUCUUCGAAGCUAAGCCAGGUAAACACGUGUUGUCACCUCUAAUACCUGCUGUAUGUUGGAGAGAAGUCGGGGGUAGUGUGAAAGGAUCUAAACAUCUUGAUAUAGUUUCUAGGUAGGUGUUUAAGGUCGCUAGUCUGCACACUACCCCCUUCCUUCAGAAAAUGUGUGCUGAGGUUCUGAAGUCCUGCACCCCUCUUAUAGCACCACACAGUAGUGCCAUGAUCCUAUUUCUGACAGCAAUGCGGUGAUAAUUUAUAACCUAUAAAGUUGAACUUCACUCAACCCUGGUCAACGUUCACAUCAAAAUGACAGAAUUUUUAUAGUUUGGUCGCUGGUAUCAGGUGAAAAUGCUUGCUGGGCCAUUAAAAGUUACAUAUUGAUUGAUAUUGAUUUCCCCCUCCUAUUUCUAGGUGAGUGUGCAGUCUAAAUACAUCCUUUCUGGACCCAUGGAGAAACUUGUGGAUAACAUUUUGAAUGGACAAUUCUUCAGCGCAGCAAAGGCAAUAAUGGAAGUUCCUGAUUUGGCUCCCCUUGUCACCAAAGAGGUUUUGAAUGAAGUCGUCAAAGAAUGCAAAGAGCUCACUAGCGUUCCAUUCAACUCCAUACUUAGACAGACCAGUCCAUCCUCUCUGGAAGCCUUCAAAUGGGACACUGUUUUUACUGAAUGGAAGACAACCGCACCCACGUUCCUUAGGUUUCUGGAGUCUGCAAGCACAUCUACAUGGGUUUCUGCCAUGACCAAAGAACGUACGCAGAGAAAGAACUUUGCCAUAGGCAUGGCUGGAGCCACUCUUCUCAAGGCACGUUGCGGCAGGAUGAGUGCACCCAUGUUUCGGAACUCGCUUAUCCUGCACCAGGCUCAGAAGAAAAAAUGCUUCAAUAGGUUUGCCAGACUUGGUGUCUGUGUUACUAGGCAAAGCAUGCUUCAUCUGUUGAGAAGAGUCAGGGCAUCCGACGAAGUAACCAGGACUCCCUCUGCAGGUGAAGACCACAACUACGACUCAGUAGCACCAAGAAGAUCCACAGAAAAUACUGACAGACAGGUGUGUAGUAUUUCUUUCUAUCAGGGUUGGGGUCAAUUCCAUUUACAUUCCAGUCAAUUCGGGAAGUAGGCCUACACUGAAAUUCCAAUUGUCUUCAAUGCUUUUCAAAGAUGAAAAAUUGGAAUUGCAAUUUGGUUUACUUUCUGAAUUUAAUUGGAAUUGCCCCCAACCUUGGUUGCGAUAUACAGUGUCUUCAGAAAGUAUUCACACCCCUUGACUUUUUCCACAUUUUGUUGUUACAAAGUGGGAUUAAAAUUGAUUUAAAUGUCAUUUUUGUCAACUAUCUACACAGAAUACUCAAAUGUCAAAGUGGAAGAAAAAUUCUAACCUUUGUAAAACAUUUCAUGAAAAAUAAAACACUAUCUUGAUUAGAGAAGUAUUCAACCCCCUGAGCCAAUACAUGUUAGAAUCACCAUUGGCAGCGAUUACAGCAGUGAGUCUUUCUUAGUAGGUCUCUAAGAGCUUUCUACACCUGGAAGGUGCAACAUUUGCCCAUUAUUUUAUUUAAAUUCUUCAAGCUCUGUCAAAUUGGUUGUUGAUCAUUGCUAGACAACCAUUUUCAGGUCUUGCUAUAGAUUUUCAAGCAGAUUUAAGUCAAAACUGUAACUCGGCCAUUCAGGAACAUUCAAUGUCUUGGUAAGCAACUCCAGAGUAGAUUUUGGCCUUAUGUAAUCAGUUAUUGUCCUGCUGAAAGGUGAAUUCAUCUCCCAGUGUCUGGUGGAAAGUAGACUGAACAAGGUUUUCCUCUAGGAUUUUGCCUGUGCUUAGCUCCAUUACGUAAAUUUUUUUAUCCUGAAAAACUCUCCAGUCUUUAACGAUUACAAGCAUACCCAUAGCAUGAUGCAGCCACCACUAUGCUUGAAAAUAUGGAGUGGUACUCAGUAAUGUGUUGUAUUGGUUUUGUCCCAAACAUAACAAUUUGUACUAGCGAUGUACAUUUUGCUGCCGACCAACCGACCCUCAUUAACCGGUCAACAAACGAAACGAAAAAAAUUCCAAACAGUACAUUGCUUGUACAGAAAAUACUAUGCAUGCAUACAAGGAACAGACAUUUUUCAUUAAGAGCUUAAUGAAAACAUAACAAUAGCAAGCCUAUUGUUUUGCAGUCAAAAGCCUAUUGCUUAUUAUUGAACAUGAAACUCCUUUAAUGAAGCAGCUAAUAAAAUUGCAUUUAAUAUUAUUUGUUGCGCAACGACUAGGUUAAAAAAAAGCUUGUUUCAGCUCCAAUACCAGCUUUUUGAGGUGCUCUCUCGCUGUCUGACAGGUGAUAGGCUAUUCCACUCAUCAAACUAUGGCUCUGUAUACUGUGCGUGUUUGAUAAAUGACGACUAACAAAUACACACGAGUCAAUUUAAUUCCAUUAUGCUAAUUAACCUAUAGACCGAUAAGCAUGACCAGCCAAAUGUAUUUUCGGUGGCCAACCGAAUAAUGGUUAACCAUUAACUUUUUGUCCUGAAUAGGGAUGUUAAUUGCUUUUUUUUGCAGUAUUACUUUAGUGCCUUGUUGCAAACAGGAUGCAUGUUUGCAACAAUAAUAUUUUUUUAUACUGUACAGGCUUCCUUCUUUUCACUCUGUCAAUUAGGUUUAGGGCUGUCCCCGAAUUUUUUUUAUAUACAGUGGGGAGAACAAGUAUUUGAUACACUGCCGAUUUUGCAGGUUUUCCUACUUACAAAGCAUGUAGAGGUCUGUAAUUUUUAUCAUAGGUACACUUCAACUGUAAUGAUGUGCAAAUAGUUAAAGUCUCUCUCUCUUUACCAGUCACGAGCAUCUGGCUAUCCCAGACCUGUCAUCACCUGGUCCUGGUUGGAGAUACCUUAUCUACAGAUCUCCCCCACCUCCACCCUUAUCAACCCCCUUGAGAGACUAUAGCCCCUCCCUGCCCCAAACAUCCUUCCAGAUAGCCCUGGGUCAUGUUCAGUUGGGCACAUCCUAGCAAACAAGAAGAUAGUGAUGCAGUGGAUAGCAGCUUUCUAACUGGCUCCUAACCAAUUGUGCAAUUUUUUUUUUACACUGAUCUGAACUUUUUUUGUAAAUAAUAUUUCCGCCUUCAUUUCCUAUGACCGAAAGCAGUUUCUGGACAUCAGAACAGAGAUCACUAACCUCCAUUUGGAUAAAGAUUUCUACUUCAACAAGUCGGCAGCUGUGGAUGUACUGCUCAUUCUGGACCAGGCCCUAAUCCCCGGGACUCGAGAGGAAGAGACGGUGCAAGACAGGCAAACGAGGGGCUCCCUGAUGAGACUACUUCGGCGAUUAAAUAAACCGCCUCUACCAUCCGUUCUAUUGGCGAACGUACACAAUAUAUACAAAAGUAUGUGGACAACCCUUGAAAUUACUGGAUUUGACUAUUUCAGCCACACCCAUUGCUGACAGGUGUAUAAAAUCGAGUACACAGCCAUGCAAUCUCCAUAGCCAAACAUUGGCAGUAGAAUGGCCUUACUGAAGAGCUCAGUGACUUUCAACGUGGCUGGGUUUGGCAGAUGCCAGGAGAACGCUACAUGCCCGAAUGCAUAAAGUUUGGUGGAGGAGGAAUAAUAGUCUGGGGCUGUUUUUCAUGGUUCGUGCUAGGCUCCUUAGUUCCAGUGAAGGGAAAUCUUAACGCUACAGCAUACAAUUACAUUUUAGACGAUUCUGUGCUUCUAACUUUGUGGCAACAGUUUGGGGAAGGCCUUUUCCUGUUUCAGCAUGACAAUGCCGCUGUGCACAAAAUGAGGUCCAUACAGAAAUGGUUUGUCAAGAUCGGUGUGGAAGAACGACUAGCCUGAACAGACCCUGACCUCAACCCCAUCGAACACCUUUGGGAUGAAUUGUAACGCAGACUGCGAGCCAGGCCUAAUCGCCCAAUAUCAGUGCCCGACCUCACUAAUGCUCUUGUGGCUGAAUGGAAGCAAAUCUCCACAGCAAUGAUCCAACAUUUAGUGGAAAGCCUUCCCAGAAGAGUGGAGGCUGUUAUAGCAGCAAAGGGGGGACCAACUCCAUAUUAAUGACCAUGAUUUUGGAAUGAGAUGUUCGACACACAAUUCAUCUUCUCCUUUCCCUCUUCUGAUAACCAGGUGGCGAAUCACAUCUCUGCAUGUCUGGCAGACAUAUCAGUGUGGAUGUCGGAUCACCACCUCAAGCUGAACCUCAACAAGACGGAGCUGCUCUUCCUCCCGGGGAAGGACUGCCUGCUCCAUGAUCUGCCAUCACGGUUGACAACUCCGUUGUGUCCUCCUCCCAGAGUGCAAAGAACCUUGGCAUGACCCUGGAUCUGUCGUUCUCCGCUAACAUCAAAGCGGUGACCCGAUCCUGUAGGUUCAUGCUCUACAACAUUCGCAGAGUACGACCCAACCUUACACAGGAAGCGGCACAGGUCCUAAUCCAGGCACUUGUCAUCUCCCGUCUGGAUUACUGCAACUCGCUGUUGGCUGGGCUCCCUGCCUGUGCUAUUAAACCCCUACAACCCAUCCAGAACGCUGCAGCCCGUCUGGUGUUCAACCUUCCCAAGUUCUCUCACGUCACCCCGCUCCUCCGUACACUCCACUGGCUUCCAGUUGAAGCUUGCAAAAAAAUAAAAAUAAAAUAUAUAUAUAUAUAUAACAAAUGAAAAUUAAAAAUAUAUAAAAAAAAUACAUUGUAAAGUGGUUGUCCCACUGGUAUCAUAAGGUGAAUGCACCAAUUUGUAAGUCGCUCUGGAUAAGAGCGUCUGCUAAAUGACGUAAAUGUAAAAUGUAAAUGUACUUCUAUGCUUAAUCAGGUGUGCGUCCUUACUCAACAUUGACAGGAGCGCUCCAAACAAAAGACAAUUACUAAAUUGACAAAACUCCUAAAUUGAAUGCCCUUUGCGAGGCAUUGUAAAACCUCCCUGGUCUUUGUGAUUGAGUCUAUGUUUGAAAUGUACUGCUUGACUGAGGAACCUUACAGAUAAUUGUAUGUGUGGGGUACAGGGAUGAGGUAGUCAUUCAAAAAUCAUGUUAAACAUUAUUGCACACAUUUACAUUUUUUUUACAUUUUUAGUCAUUUAGCAGACGUUCUUAUCCAGAGCGACUUACAGUUAGUGAAUACAUUUUUUUUUUUAUAUACUGGCCCCCCGUGGGAAUCAAACCUACAACCCUGGUGUUGCAAAAGCCAUGCUCUAUCAACUGAGCUACAUCCCUGCCGGCCAUUUCCUCCCCUACCCUGGACGACGCUGGGCCAAUUGUGCGCCGCCCAUGAGUCUCCCGGUCGCGGCCGGCUGCGACAGAGCCUGGAUUCGAACCAGGAUCUCUAGUGGCACAGUUAGCACUGCGAUGCAGUGCCUUAGACCACUGCGCCACUCAGGAGUUGAGUCCAUGUAACUUAUGUGACUUGUUCCAUUCUUACUCCUGCACUUUUCAUUUGUAAUUAAUUAUUUAACAAUUUCGAAAAACAUUAUUCCACUUUGACAUGAUGGCAAAAUAUUAAAAUACUUGAGUAAUGAUUUUCUUACACUUGCAGGAGGACCCAGAGCCCACAGUGACUGAGAAGCAGCAGGAAACAAGGACCAGUCAGGCGGAAGAGCAGCUUCCAGAGUCUGGAACGACAGAGUCCACCACACCCACAGUCACAUGCACUCCUCUCUUUAGGAGCAAAAACCAUGUUCAGGGCCCAUCCAAAUCCCAGGCCAAGCCAAAACCUCUGUCCAAACCCCUGCCCCAGACUCAGCCCCAGGCUCAGCCCAAACCUCUGCCCAAUCCCCAGCCCCAAGCCCAGCCUCAGCCCUUCCCCACAACCUUUCUCCUGGCCCAUCCCUCCCAGCCCUUCCGAACAGCACAGAACCAAACUGUCAUGUUGUCUCAACAGAAUGCCCCCCUGAUGAUAUUUACGCUUCCCUGUGUGAAAAGCCCUGCAGCACAAAGUCAGAAAGUCAAAGAUGUGGAAAGCACUACAAUGUUGCACAACUACAACGUUCCUUGUUCUUGCCAGGUGUGUGGGCAAUCAUUUGACUUCACACGUCAUUUAAUAAGACAUGUUCAGAUGCACUCAGCGGAGCAAAACCGUUUGUGUGGUUUGUGUGGGAAGGUCCUUGAGCCCGCAGAGAACAUGGCGGUUCACCUGCAAAUUCACAGUCUAAUGAAAACUUUUUGUCAUAUUUGUGGCAAAUGUUUCCCUAAGAAUGCUGAGCUAAAAUAUCAUAUAAGUAUUUAUCACUAUGUGGAGAAGCCACAUCUGUGCGAAGUGUGUGGCAAAACCUUCAGACAUGGCAAGGCCCUUAAAGAGCAUCAUACGUCCUUUCACAUAGAGGGACAAGAUAAGCCAUAUAAAUGCCAUUUGUGCAGAAAAGGCUUCUCAGGAGAAAGACAAGUUAAACUCCACCAGCUAACUCACACUGGAGAGAAACCGUAUCAGUGUGAAGAUUGUGGCAUGUGCUUCAGGGAGAAGAACACUCUUAAAGGGCACAUGAGGACUCACACAGGAGAGAAACCGUAUAAGUGCAGAGAGUGUGGAAAAUGCUUUAGAUUAUUAGGUGCUUUAAAAUGUCACCUACUAACUCACACUGGAGAGAAACCGUAUCGCUGCAACGUCUGUGGCAGAUGCUUCAGUCAGUCCUCAUCCCGCAAGACUCACAUGAAGACUCACAAAAUGGCUCACGCAGUGGAGAGACCACAGAGUGCAGAAAAGGCUUUGUCGUAGUAGAAUUUCUAAAACGCCACCAAUGUUUUAGGCCCAAUGUAGACACACCAUAGCUUAGAUCCUCCCACAACACACAUUAACUUUUACCAAAGGGAGAACCCACAACCUGCCUUAGAAGUUGGAAAAGUGUCCCCUUCUGACACCUUUUAGAAGACAAAGACAUGCCCCUAAAGUCACUGCUGUUGUUUAAAUACAUUGGGAAUUAGCCGUUUGAAAACAUCGCUAAUGGACUUGUACUGUGGAAUGUUAGAGAGUCAGUCUGUCAUUGUUUUCAUAAAGAGGAGUUGACAGCAUGUGGUCAACUUGUCUGUCCCAAGUUGUUAUGGAUUGAGACUGCCAACUGGUCCCUAAAAUGUGUUAGUCUCACAGUUACAGAUUGAUUCAUUUGUUUAUGUUUUGGUUUAAAAAAAUAUUGUGUAUAGUAGCUUCCAGAGGAUAACACAAUAAAAUAUUUUGUACUGCUUUUCAGUGGUAGUUGCUUUUCACUGUUAUAUUUGCUGUUACCUUGGUUUCAUUCCAGUCCCAGAAGGUGGCGAUAAUGCGCCGACUUGAUUGUUGUUGGGUGCGCCCUGAACCGCAGAAGAAGACUUACAAUCGUACACAACUAGCUAACGUUAGCUAGCUGCUGGUGUGCGUUUCUUUUCGCAAAAAUGGCCAAAAUAGAGUUGCUAAGUUUGUUUCUCACUGAACGAUUAACGUCAGCUGCACAGGAUAUUUAUAAAAUGGUAGAAGAAACGUUUGCAGAAUACCAAGCAGAGGUCACUUACGUAAAGAGAGAGAAUGAAUUUCUACGGAAGCAGUUAAAUGCUAACAGACCGAGAAAAGUGAACUUAAAACGAGGUUUGUAGGACCUAAUAAUGCACCUUUCAUUAUUGGAAAUAAAAAACAAAUGUAUAUCUAAAAGAGUAUAUAUCAGGGUGUAAACUAGCUACCGUACUUGUUUUUAGGGGAAGUUGUGACAUGUGCAGUGCACGCACGUCCGCUAUAGAAUUGUUUUACCAACAAGGGGUCUGUCUGAGAUGUUAUUUUGUCAACCAUCCAUAACUGCAGGUCUACGACAGAUCACCAGCAUUGUCUCUGUAGCAGGAGCUCCCCCAAAGCUGCUGCAGCAGAGUGUGCAGGAGUCGAGCCCCAGUAUGGGGAAGGAGGUAUCACAAACUGAGGACAAGAAGCAAGAAGCAAGGACCAGUCAGGGGGAGGAGCAGUUUCAAGAGUCAGGAACGACAGAGUCGACGCCUACACCCACCACUCACUGUUGGCGCAAAGACAAUGAUUUGGGCCCUUCCAAAACCUUGCCCCAGAUCCAGCCCAAGCCCUUACCCUCCUUACCCAUACCCCAUCUCCUGGCUCAGCCCUCACAGCCCUUCCAAAUCACACAGAACCAAGCCAUCGUCUUAUCUCAUCAGAUAUCGCCUCUGGUCAUUCAGGUUGUAAAGAAAUUGUUUAUUUGUAAAGAAUGUGGGAAGACUUUCCGUUACAUGAGUCGUUUGAAACAGCACACACGCAUGGCUCACACGCAGGAAAAACCCCACUGCUGUACGUUGUGUGGAAAGUGUUUUCUUACUGCGAGCAAGUUAAAAACACACCAGCUAAUACACACCGGUGAGAGACCCUACCUCUGUAAUGUCUGUGGUCACUGUUUCAACCAGAGGUCAAACCUCAAAGUACACAUGCAGAGGAAACAUAAAGGUGUGUGACAAUUAUUAUAGCAUACAGUAUAAGGAUUUACAUUCAUAUUUAAAUUUGAGUCAUUUAGAAGACGCUCUUAUCCAGAGCGACUUACAGUUAGUGCGUUCAUCUUAAGAUAGCUAGGUUGGGAUGAUGAAAAGGUUAUGUGAGAAUAAGACAGCAAAAAUAAAUGUAUGAUUCAAUAGACAAUAAAGUUGUGUAUAAGACACACAUCUCCCCCACCCCUACACUCAGGUGUAUAUCAGUAGAGGCUUCUGAGGGGAGAACGGCUCAUCAUAAUGGCUGGAACAGCGCAAAUGGAAUGGCAUCAAACCUUGUGUUUGAUGUAUUUGAUACCAUUCCACAUAUUCCCCUCCAGCCAUUACCACAAGCCCAUCCUCCCCAAUUAAGGUGCCGCCAACAACCUGUGGUGUAUAUAAUUUCUCGUCCCUUUCUUCCCUGUAUUGUCUCAAAUCAUAAACUACAUUAAAGAUGUAAAACAGCCUGUUUUCUUUUACUUUGUUUUGUCAGUUGACAGCUUGUACCAUAUUUUGGCUCUAAUUGCUGGACAGGUCUUGCAUGGUAAGAUGCUUUCUUGCUCAGCUAUAAAGCAAAUACAGUCGACCCCUGAAAAGUGCACAUUGGUUAAGUGCACCAGUCUAUACAAAACAGUCUCAACUCACUGGGUGUGUUCUAGAUACACACACCCACAAAUCAUCAGAGGAUUCAUAUGUUAUUCUAACGUGGGGAAGAUGGUAAACACUUUUCCAGGCACAGCGUAAGGAGUCGGCUAUAUUCUGUAUGCAAAAUUCACCUGGGUAUACCACUCAAAGCUCACUCAUUGGUAUUCACUUUUGUAGCCUGUGGUAGGUGCCCCAAAGGAAACAAGUCCUUUUUAACCUUCAUAAACAAUUUCAAAAUCUUUACUGUGGUGCUGUCUUCCAUAAGACCCCGUACAAUAAUGAAAAGGAUGGAUUUACGUGAAAAAAUCAUGCAUUUUCAGCAUUCCUUGAGAGCUGAACAUGAUGUUUGGGUUUGGCCCACAUCAUAUUUAGGGCCUCAUGUUUUCCUAUUAUUACGGUAACAACGGGCAUUCCUUAUCACGUGAUCAGGGAGAGCAUCUUUUAGGUCCAUUUUGGAUAAUAGCGAGAGCCCUUGUAGCUAGCUACGACAUCCGAAAAUGACUAAAUUGCAGUUUUUAAAUGUGUUUUUGACCGAGCGGCUUAUGCUCGCUGCCCAGGAGAUCUAUAAAUCUGUCGAAGACACGAUUUUGGAAUACCAAGAGGAGAUUGCGCUCAGGGAGAGGGAGAACGACCAUCUGAGACGUAGGCUUCGAGACGCUGGGAUUGAAAUAUGGCCAGGUUAGUAGCUACCAUGCUAAAAUUAGCGCCGAAGCCGCACGCUAGUUAAACCAAAUUGGUCGCUGCGUAACUAGCUAAAGGGCCAUUUGGUUAUUUUAUAUUUGACACCUUGUAUUAACGUUUCCAGAACUAGCCAGCUAACUAAUGUUUUUCAGAAGGCUAACGUUAAUUUAUAAUGUAAGCGCUAGCUAACUCAGCUAGCUAGUUAGCCACCUUUGUUCGUUAGCUAGCUGACUAGCUAGCCAGCUUCUUAACUAGCUAGUUGUUGCGAUUUAGACUCAAAUUUUCAGGCAUCUGUCUUGCUGAUUAAUUUCUGAAAUCGGGUUCCUGUGAUAACGUUACAUAAAUGUUGUUUAUCGUAUUUUUCCUCGAUCGUAAAUCCAAUCUGACUGCCACGUUCCGCCUCCCUCUCUUCCACCCAGACCGUCAGUCCAUGGCGCUAUUGGAGGAGGAGGAUGGCGAACAUCCCCGCCGGGAGUGGAGCCCCAGUAUGGGCCAUGAGGAGCGCGUCCCCAUCCUGAUCAAGGAGAAACGGGAGCUCAGGUACAGCCAGGGGGAAGAUCAGCUCCGCGGCCACGGCUCCUGCAGCACUCCAGAGUCCAUGUUCACCCCUCCCCGUGUCAGCAACGAAUACCCCCAGGACCCUCCCCACUCCUCCAACCUGCCCCAGAACCCGUCGGUGGAGAACAGAGAGAGGGAGCCUGGUCCCAGAAGCUCAUCCAGACAUGUCAAAUCAGAAGGGUCCCACAGAGGCUCAUCAUCGUCUUCGUCCAACAGCGGGCCGCAGCCCCUGGCCACGGUCAACCCCAACUGCUCCAACGAGAACAACAUUGACAUCAUCGGGGUGGAGAACGGAGGACAGAUGGGGUCUGGGUCUAAAGGACGAGCCGGCGGGAGCAGAGGUCAGGGCUCCCACUUAAGCAACCAGGGCGCUAAUUCCACCUCGGCCGCUGAGUGUGGAAAAUCUCCUCUCCAGGUGCACGUGUCGUCGUUCUGCUGCAGGGUGUGUGGGGAGACGUUCAGCCAUGUCGGACACCUGCAUGUCCACGUCCAGGUGCACACCCGAGAGAAGCCGUACCGCUGCGGGGUUUGUGGAAAGUGCUGCAGCUCCUCCGGCAGGCUCCAGGAGCAUGCCAGGAGUCACACUGGAGAGAAGCCGUACCGCUGCCAGAGCUGUGGAAAAGGAUUUACCCAGAUGGCCCAUCUUAAGGUCCACAUGCGUAUCCACACUGGAGAGAAACCUUACAGCUGCCCUGUGUGUGGCAAGUGCUUCAGCCGCUCUGACAAAAUUAAACGUCACCUCCAGACCCACAGCCGUGAGGGCACCUACUUCUCGGGGCAGUGAGAUGAGAGAGACGCCACCACCGGUGGUGGUGGGUGGUUGUUGUUAAUGAACGACUGAGUCUCGGUGUAUGAAUGAAUUGCUGAUUAUGGGACAUUUUUUAAAAGCUCAAAUUGCUGCCACUAAGACAAGGCUUGUUUUAUUUUUCUCUCUCUCAGAGCUAG